GGUCUUUAAGAUCUCCGUCUCCCUCUCUUUCUCCUCGUUGGUCUUCGCUCAAUCUUCUUCCCUCGAUCCCCUCUGCCUCUGCGAAAUCCUGUCGCUGGGGCCACGCUUGCUGCUCAAAGCCUCAAAUGCUCCAACUCUGAGGCGCCCCCUCCAGCUUGGUGGCCAAGGCCGUGGGUAACUUUCCCGUUUCUCCAUAACCAGAAGAGGCCUAUCGAAACCUCUCCGCGCGGUCCUCCACGCCAGAAAGAUCAGACCUGGAUUCGGCGGGCACUCCAUUGUAUUUGGUCCGGAGGGUUUUGCAAUGACAAUAUUCGCAAUGCAUGGUUUCCCUUGAUCUGUUUGCCAUUGUUUAGAGAUCCAAAUCAUGGAGCCUUCUUUCCUGGUUAUCAGAUUUUGCAUUCUGUGAUUUUUAUGCUACUGAUGUUUGAUAGAUCAAAAACCAUUUUGAUGUGGGCCUAUCAAACAACUCUCCAAGUGAAGCAUUUUGUGUGAUGAAGAUUUCAGACACUCUAUGCAAUUGGAGGAGUUUGGCUUGGGCAUGGAGAGAAAUUUUUGCAGUCAGCUUCCUUCUCUUACAUCCCUCCAUUUGAUUGCAUCAGGUGGUCAGCACUCUGAAAUUAGUGUUGCAUACUUUUCAUGGCCUAUUUCUACCCUAAUGCAUGCUGCCGCAGAAGAUCGAGCUAAUUACUUUGCUAACCUCCAGAAAGGAAUACUACCAGCACAUGUUGGUAAAUUACCAACUGGCCAGCAAGCCACAACACUACUUGAUCUGAUGACUAUAAGAGCAUUCCAUAGUAAGAUUCUUCGUCGUUUCAGUCUUGGUACUGCAAUAGGAUAUAGAAUCAGAGAGGGGAUAUUGACUGACAUCCCAGCAAUUCUCGUUUUUGUUGCUCACAAAGUGCACAAGAAAUGGCUCAGUCUCAACCAGUGCCUGCCAUCUACCCUUGAGGGUCCAGGGGGCAUAUGGUGUGAUGUGGAUGUAGUGGAAUUCUCUUAUUAUGGCACACCAACACUAACUCCCAAGGAGCAAUUGUACAAUAAGCUUGUCGAUGAGCUGCGAGGAAGUGAUCAAUGUAUUGGUUCAGGCUCUCAGGUUGCAAGCCAAGAGACAUAUGGGACCUUAGGGGCUGUUGUGAAAAGACGAACAGGAAACAAACAGGUUGGGUUUCUAACAAACCGUCACGUUGCAGUUGAUCUGGAUUAUCCUAAUCAAAAGAUGUUCCAUCCAUUACCACCCAACCUUGGACCUGGAGUCUAUCUUGGUGCAGUUGAGAGGGCCACAUCUUUCAUUACAGAUGAUGUUUGGUAUGGGAUUUAUGCAGGAACAAAUCCAGAAACUUUUGUCCGAGUUGAUGGUGCAUUUAUCCCCUUUGCUGAUGGAUUUGAUGUCUCCAGCAUUACCACCUCAGUCAAAGGACUGGGUGAGAUCGGUGAUGUUAAAUUUAUUGAUCUCCAGUCGCCAAUUGACAGCUUAGUCGGGAGAAAAGUGAUGAAAGUUGGGAGAAGCUCUGGUUUGACUAAUGGAACAGUGAUGGCUUAUGCUCUUGAAUACAAUGACGAGAAAGGAAUAUGCUUUUUCACAGACUUCCUUGUUGUGGGUGAGAACCUGCAAAGUUUUGAUCUUGAAGGUGAUAGUGGGAGCCUUAUCGUUCUAACAAGAGAAGAUUCUGAGAAACCUAAGCCUAUAGGUAUCAUCUGGGGUGGGACUGCUAACAGGGGAAGAUUGAAGCUUAAUAGUGGCCAUUCUCCCGAGAAUUGGACAAGUGGAGUUGAUCUGGGUCGUCUUCUUGAUCUUUUGGGACUUGAUCUCAUAACAACAAGACAAGGACUUGAAGAUGCCCUACAAGAGCAAAGAUUUGCUUUGGCAGCUUCUAUCAAUUGCACAGUUGGUGAAUCAUCUCGAAUGAUAAUGAACUCGGGAGAUAAAAAGGAUGAUGAAAUAUACACACCUUUAUGCAUUGGCAUUCAACAUUCCCAUUCUGAAGGUGCUACUGGUUCAGGAGUGAAUGCAUUUCAUAAGGAUUCUGAGUUUCAGGUUGACAGAGUUGAGGUUGCGAACAACAUUGAAGACCAACAGUUUGUUCCAAAUUUAAUUAGUACGUCUCCAGCAAUCCUUGUGGAGGAUGACAAUUUUGAAAGGAGGAAUCUAUCUGCAUUAAUAAACUCGUCCAAGGAUGAUAUUUGUAUUUCAUUGCAUUUUGGGGAUCAUGAAACCUAGGGACAAUGUUAUGAUAGCAUGGCAAUUAGAUUUACAAAGACAUUCAUUGUGUGACAUACUCGUUCAAGUAUAACUUUCAAUGAUAUCUGUAUAACACACGGAUGAAUUCUACAGUUUUGAGACGAAAAUUAUCAACA